AACUCCUGUGGGCCUUUUCUUUAUGCACACUACCAAGUACGAUCUCUGGGCUGACAGCUCCAUGUCUCUAGCCAUUACACACAUAUACCAUUCAUUACUCAGUCAAGCAGUAACACACAUUUUACAUGCAGCAGUGGCAGUUUUUUUUUUUUUUUAUAAACUGAUAAGACAGACAACUCUGAUGCAGUGAUUAUUUAAUAUAUUGCCUAAAAUAAAUUUCUUGUACAAAAAUUUACAUAAAUCUGUCAAGGGAAAUUUACUAGCUAUACACAAGUACAAGUAAGCAUAAUUUGUAUAAACAGGAAGGAGAUUUACGUUGUUGAGGAAAUAAAGAAUUAGUUUCCAGGAUGUUUUCACUCAGAGCAAUGCAACAGUGUAAGUGUAUAUUUCUCCUGUGUCAGACAAGCAGUGGAGAUUUUGUUUUUAUCAAUGUGCAGUGUAUAUAUGAUAUACAUAUAUGUGUGACAUUAUCAGGCAAAAUCCUCCCAGUUAUUUAGGUAUCUCUGUCUCUCCCUGCUGAUAAGUGUAUGUCGACCAUGCAGGUGUCAAUUAACUGAGGGACAGUCAGUCUGCACUGUGGAUUUUAAACAUUUCUUGUGUUAAAUGGAUGAAAUCAGAAAAUAGCAAACAACUGAUGCAAUAGCAAAGUCAGAAUCAUGGUUCCUGGCACCCGACUUGAUGAGAGUGAUGCCUCCAUGCGAGAGAGGCUAGUGAACAGUUUAAGCCAGAGUUUUCCUGGCAGUGCCCUGUCUAAAGCCCUGCAGUGUAUGCAGCCAGAAUCGGACAGUGAAGAUGAAGACAUGAAGGGAGACUUUCUUAGUAGUAGCUGUUUUGCUGAACUUCGUCUAGAAAAGGGACCCAUUGAAAGUGAUGAUGAUCUCAAGCCAUUGUCCUGGCUACAAGAUAGCAACCUGCUUAAGAACAUCACCUGUGCUGAUGAUGACAGCGAAGAUGACCAGAAAGAGAAUGGUGAUCUACUGAGUGGAAACCACAUCAAUCAGUCACACCCCCCUCAUGUUCCUUACAACCCUCAGAAACACAUCAACAGCAAGCCACCAUACUCCUUCUCCUGCCUCAUUUUUAUGGCUAUUGAAGAUUCCCCUCAGAAGAAGCUGCCAGUAAAGGAUAUCUACUCAUGGAUCCUGAACCACUUUCCCUAUUUCCAGCAUGCCCCCACAGGGUGGAAGAAUUCCGUGCGGCAUAACCUUUCACUCAACAAGUGUUUCAAGAAGGUGGACAAGGACAGAGGCCAGUCCAUUGGUAAAGGAUCCCUAUGGUGCAUUGACCCUGACUAUCGACCCAACCUGCUUCAGGCACUCAGAAAAACACCCUAUCAUCCAUACCACCAACUACAGAUGCUGGCUAACCCUCAACCCCAGCCCCAGUACACCUACAUCCAUAAUGGCAAGCAGAUAACAGGGCCUUUACCCCUUUCUCCCAGGCUGGGGCCAAACUCAGUGUCACCUCAUUUAUUCCCCUUUUUGAGUAAAAGAUUAGCACAGUCAAAUAACAAUGCUAUAGAUUCCGAUAUCCAAGAUGUUGCACAGACACUGGUGUCUCUGAAAGGACUUGGUACAAAGGAUCAUGAUAACUCUGUCCUUCAAAGAAUACGUAUGAAAAGAAGACAAAGGCAACUAGGACCUGCAAUGUUUAAGAGACGCCAUUUAGAGAAUGUAGUUUUCACCAUCAAUCCCAGUGAAGACCACACAUACAGUGCAACCUCUCACAAAGAUCCUGGAUCUCCAGAAUCGUCAGUGGAUGAAGGUUUUGAAUAUGGAGAUGAGGAUGAAUAUGACAUGGAUGAAGAAUUCUCUGAUGAUGACAUGAGUUAUGAUGAGUGGGACAGUGAAAUGGAUGAAGUAGAUGGUGAUGUCAGGCAGAAUCGCAGCGAGGCCAAACAUCGUAGAAUGACUGUAAAACUGCCCACAAGGAAAGUUGUUUCUAAAGAGGAUGAGGAGGAGCAGAAGAAGAUUGAAGAGGGAGCAGACGCACUCUUAAAUUUGGCAGGAAUUCGUACCACUCGUUCCUCUAACAGUGUAAAUGACUCUGGUGCAUCUUCUGGAGGAUCUACCCCCAGGAAGAGGAGAUCUCCCCCAGCCAAACGUGGACACAUCAAAUGAUGCUUAGACAGCUAGUAGACAUCUUGCCAUUUUGAGAUUUGCAUUGAGGACCAGGGACACUUUUUGUUACACAAUUCCAGAAGUCUUCCAUAUGUGUGACUGUUUGUAUUACGACAGUAACUAUAUCACCCACAUACAUGUUAGGUUGACCAUUUGUUCAUUGUCUUUGUUAUGAGUAAUUUGGUGCUUCAUACAUUACUAUCAUUGAUUUAGAUGUUGCAUACUUGAAGGUAAUACAUACUAUGUUGACUAAUUGAUAAAAAUCUUCAUUUUUGCACUUUAUUGUUAAAAAAUGUUUUAUUUACAAAAAACAUUCAAACUGUAGUUGUUAAAACAGUGGGGAAAACAGCAAUUCAGGUUUGUUUUGAAUUUUAUUAUCCAUAUUCAUUUGUGCCAUUACUUUGUGCAACGUUCAUGUUUACCAAAGAUUCCAGCUGCUCAUUUGAUUUUUAUAGAAAGGUGCAAUCAAAUUCCACUUGGUGUUCUAGUAUAAAACAUGUUUUCAUUAAACAACAAUUUCUCAUCAAAUCAUCAAUAUCAGUAGAAGAAGUGAACUCAAGAUAAAGGCAGAUUUAAAAAACAAAAAACAAAACAAAAUCCAUGACAAAAAAAUGUGUCAUUGGAUACUAAACAUGACAAAUGAUGGGUUCCUUUUAAAUGGGGCUCAAAAUAUACCUACAAUGAUAUUAUGAUUAUGAACUCUUUUAUAUCAUCAUGUUUAAUUGUUAGUUAUUGUGAAGACAUACCUGGCAAUCAAAGUAUAAAAAGAUAAUGUGACACUAGUUACAGGGAACUGGUACCGCAGGACAUUUCUUCUCAUGGUCUGGCUGUGUAGGUUUGUACAGUUGUUGACUUGUUAUAGGUGUAUAUAUUUUGUUCUGUAAUACUCCCUUGUUAGUGCUUUACAAUUGUUAGAGGGCAGACAUUUGUUAAUGUUUCACUUUGAUGUUUAGGCCUUCCUAUUGUUUCUUUUUUUAUGAGAAUGAUUUUAUCAGUAUCAUUGCAGAAAGGAACUGGCACUAAAAACUAUAUCACAUGUAUUGAAAAAUAAGUUUCAUUCUAAAAUUUUCCCAGAUGUCUGAAAGUAACUUCAGAUGUUAAAUCUGGAAAUUGUGAAAUUUUUGACAUGUCCUUUAACAGAUUUUUAUUAGCAACAUAUUUAUCAAAUGAAAAGUAGACCAUUCUUAAUAAUAAGUAAUUUUCUUGAAAUUUUUUUGGUGGUUAUUUUAAUUGGAACACAGUUCAGCAAAAAUUUAUGUACAUGAUUAUAUCUAUUCAGAAUACUAUGUUACAGAUCUAAUCCUUUGUGACAAGUGUUGUUGUACUUUGGCACGAGUAUAUUUAGGUACCUUUUAAUAAGGUUGGUUAUUUUUAUCCUUGUUUGUUACCAUUUUCACAUGUCUUCUUAUACAUAUUCUUGUAACAUCAUGCAUCAAUUAAUCACUGUUGAAAGGUUUUUGUAUCCAUUAUGCUCAAAUCUUCCAUUGUUUAUAUAUGAAUACAGGCAGAUAAGUGCCUGACGUGUUCACAAGGUGUACUAGUCAUCAGUUUUAUAUUUUUUUUUUUUUCGUAUUUGAUUUCAAAAACAAUUUUUAGGGGACAGUAUACUGUUCAAUUUUUAUUCAUUAGGAGUUAUGUGAAUUUUAAGUUCAGAACUUAAAACCACUGAAAAAUGCUAUGAAAUUGAAAACAAAAUUGUUUGUGAAGUUUUUUCUUAACAAAGUUAGCUCGAGUGUAACUGGCUUUAAAGUAUAUUGUUAUUGUGGCAGAUGGAUACUUAGUGUAGCAAGGUCUCUGAAGAUAGCUGCUGUCACCAUUGAUUUCCUUGUGUUCAUUAGUCGAGGUGCUGGAGUAGAAAGACGAGAGUAGUCAAGCCAAAGUUUUUCUCUACAAACAGAACUGCUGUCUAUGCAAACCAGCACUUGAGAACAAUAGUGCAAUAGACAUAUAAUUACAUUUAUUCAGAAGUCAUGUAAUGAGAUGUAUUUGCACUGAAUCUAGCUCAUAUUUUUUCAAUUGUGAUGUAUACAUCAGAAUUGCUUGCAAGUGAUAUUUUCUUUAAAAUAGCAAAACUGUCUAUUAAAUCUAGUAGAUAAUUUGUACGCGUAUCUCAAAAAUUCAAAUCCUUGCAGAUUGAUUGGUAUCAAUGAAAAGAGCUAGAAAUGACCUAGCAAUAAGAUAUGCUUUUAAAAUGUAGUGCACAAAAAAAGAGAAAAAUGUACAAAAUGUGUUCAAAAGAAACUUAUAUAGAACGGCAAGAAUUUUUUUGUUGAUGCUUUUUUGUUUCCAUAUGUUUACGAUGCAGUUAUGUAUUUUACUCAUUAAUCAAAUGUAAUUGGUAUGGGCGAGAACAUUUUGUUAUUCCCCAGUGCAAUAAUAAACAUAACAGUAGCCUGAUUGGGUGUUCAAAGACAUUGUGCAAUGAAAAUCAGGUGAUGUUUGCUGGACAAUGGAGUUUUGUUUAUUAUUGUACAAAUGUACAGUUUCUAAAUAAAAUCUAAAGAAAUU